AUGGCCAAAAUCCAGAUCACGACAGCACCACUUGCUGACAAAGAUGUGGAGCAACAGGAGCUCUCAUUCACUGCUGAUAGGAAUGUACAAUUCAGCCACUUUGAAGGCAAAUUGGUGGUUUCUUACAAAACGAAACAUAUUCCAACAAUUAUUCCCCUUAGUGCUUGUUUGAAGAAGCUGAAGUUAUGUCCCAACAAAAACCUGCACACAAAUGUUUAUAGCAGCUUCUAUUUUGGUCAAAGUUUGGAAGCAACCAAGAUGCCCUUUGACUCAUGGGUAGACUGCGAGCUCUGCGAGCUCAGCCAGGAGAAGAUGGGCUCCGUGUUUGAGGACAGCAACAUGUACAUGCUGCACAUGAUGUACCAGGCCAUGGGUGUCUGCCUGUACAUGCAGGAUUGGGAAGGAGCCCUGCGAUACGGACAGAAAAUCAUUAAGCCCUACAGCAAGCACUACCCUCUGUACUCGCUCAACGUGGCCUCCAUGUGGCUGAAGCUGGGGAGGCUGUACAUGGGCCUGGAAGACAAAGCUGCUGGGGAGAAAGCCCUGAGGAAAGCCAUCGCCAUCAUGGAAGUGGCCCACGGCAAAGAUCAUCCGUACAUUUCCGAGAUCAAACAGGAAAUUGAAAGCCACUGAAAACACGCCAACUUGGUCAUUUUUAUUUAAAUGCUAAUGCAGAAGCCAUCCAGGAUUUGAAUAUUUCCAGUCCUAUACACGACUCCCGCAUUUCCGUAAAAUCGCCGGAAUGAAAACGCUACUCU